AUGGCACCGACUCCACGCAGUACUUCUCUAGUGCCAGACAUUGAUCCAUGGCAGGACGAGGCUCCAGAACCGUUGGUGCUUACAAUUUCCACUCCAGUUCUUGCUACUCCCAGAGCUUCUGUGUCAAACGAAUGGGGUCAUGCUACCUCUAGCUGGGAUGCCGGAUCCGAUCGCCAUGAACUUGACGAGCACCACAAGUCCAGUACACGGUCAUCACAUCGCAAUUCUGUCGCUUCAAUAUCGAGCAAUGGAAGCCAUAAAGCUUCCAGUGUCAAGACUGGAAUCGCGAGUAAUCAAGAUGUAUGGUCAUCUCAGCACUCGAGAUCUCCGCCGAUAUCGCCUGAAAGUCAAAAGAGUCCAACCUGGAAUACCGCAAACUCGAAAACUGGUGAAUCUGGCCAUUACGUAGAGCCUGUUGCUGCUGCUGCCCCUGUUGCCGCACCACUGACUACCCAUGCUGCUCCCAAAAUCAGAAUGCCAGCUGAUAGUGAUGAUGAAGAUGAUGUUCCAGCUGGGAUCUCUGCUUGGCGACCUUCGGUAGACUGGAGAAAUACUGAAGCUGAACUCGCGACAAACAAAGCGUCUGGAAACGAAAAAACGUUUCGGUCGAAUUGGUCGUGGUCGAAAAAGGAGGAAGCAAAGAGAUUGGAAUCUAUUAAUACUGCUGCCGCUGCUAAUGAUAGAAUGUCUCGAUCGGAACCUGAGCCGGUUCGGUCGCCGUACGAGUAUCAGCAACAGCAGUAUCAACAGCAACAGUAUCAGCAACAACAGUAUCAGCUACAACAGCCGAAUGAGACAUAUCAGUCAAUUACUCGUAAAUCAGAGCCGAAAAGGCCCGAGAUUCCCAGACCCAUGCAGCCGAAAUUCGGUGUUGGAUUUGGAUCGUCUAAAAAAUCUAGUAGCAAUUCAUCGGCAUCCACACCAGCUGCCCCAACACCAUUAUCGCCAGUGAAUAUAAAGCCAGCUGCAGCUCCAGUAGUGCGUACUGAAGACAGCAAACGCUUCUCCAACAAUAGUGCCAAAUCACCGCAGGAUAGAGAGCCUGAGGUACAUGGUGUAAAACGUGUGUCGUCUGAAGAGUGGCAAGAAGACGAUGCCGAAGAAUCGGAGCAAGAUUGGGAGGAAGAUUCACGAGUAUCGUCGGUUAAUGGAAAGGUUGCUGUUGCUGAAGAAUCUAUACCUGAUUGGUUUGCUAAUGGCGGUUCUCCCCCGACUAACGAUUGGACUGACGUGGAAUCUCCUACAACCGGUAAACUCAAACCUAGUAACAGUAGCAGGAAGGACGAUUAUGUUGAUACAACAGCUAUUGCUACUCCAACCAUCUUAAAUCCAAGUCCAAUGACUUCACCAUUAGUGCCUAAUGGGCUGACAUCACCGACAAAUCCAACAGCAAGCAUAUCUCCAUCGCAUUUUCAAGAUCUUUUAGAACCCGGCUUUUUAGGAAUACCGUCAACUACCACUUUUGCGUCUACGAUGAGCUCGGGCCCUAUGCCUUCAGCAGAAGAUAUAGAUAGGCUUUUUGGAACAAUUUACACAGAAGAUGUAAAGCCGAAACAGCCUGAACCUGUUAUAAAUGUAGUGAAAAAGGAUGUCAAGAAACCCUCACUCAAAAACCAACAACAAACUGCUACACCUCCUAUCACACCCAUAGUGAGUCCCAAGAAGGGGUCUCCUAAUAAUAGCAAUAGUCAGCUACUAGUAUCUCUAUCAUCAGAUAAUGCAGACGAUGAAGCGACUCUAGUCAGUCCAACAUCCAUUGGACGUGACCACCCCGAAUACCUGAGCAUAUAUCAUGCGCUGCCAAUCUUCCAAGUUGUGGCAUCUAGUGCUUCUCAUGCACCCGCAAAAGGAGCAGUUCUGGGCGCUCUAGCUAGAAGUGCAGCAACGCUGUCGUCGAUCAAGGGUGAAGUCAUACCUAAAUCUAGACGAGGCGAUGGCGGUAUUCGUCAAGUAUUUUGUACUUUUAUUUCUGAUGAAGGAGUGCAGCAUGCGCAAGGACAUCUGCCUGCAUCGGUUGUUGUAGAGUCGCUUCUGAAAUCGGAUGUCAAGGUCUCGGAUCAGAGCAUGCUUACUGCCAUCCAAACCAAACUCUCGUCCAGUCACUCGUUAUGCUCGGGUAGACCUGGUAUCUUGUUCCUAGACACUCCUCGUGGAUUCAAUGACCCUGCUCCGUCAGGCACACUGCAAUCCAUAGCAUACCGACCAUUGCGUCUGCCCAUUAUACUAGUAGGUGGCAACGAUGUCUCAUCUAUAAUAUCAACAUAUGAAUCCGGUCGUAUCCGAGGAUACGAUGUGGUGGCAAUCUUAAUCGAGGAUGUAAACGAGUCCGUACUGGAAGUCGUUGAGCAGAAUGUAGAUGGAGGAGUCAUUGUAGAAUGUUUCCCACCAAUGCCAACACUAUCAUCGAGCAUUAUUAAAACUACUGACAAUGAUGAUUUGACGACAAGUAUUGACGAUGAAGCAACCGAGAAAGAGACUAAAUGGGCGGCAGCUGUUGGUGAUAUUGCUGAUGUAGUGGUAGCAGAUUUGAUAGCAGGCCAUUGUCGUCGAGUUGAAAAUCUAUCUGAUUUAGCUGAACGUGGACGUAGACGAUUGUGGUGGCCUAAUAUACAGCACAUGACGUUAGGCCACGUAAUUGGCAUUGAAUCCGAAAUGGAUCAAGGAAUAAUCAGUUAUAAAGCCCCAACAAAGGACGAAUCUGCUCAAGAUGUCACCAGUCCAACUGGUACAUCGACAUUCUGGCUGGACGCUACUGCUGGUGGCCGAAUGACAUGGACGUCAGCCAAUCAUCGAUUAGCAUUAUCGCUUGCUUCUGCUGCAUCUCGGUAUGGGUCUACGGCUUUAUCAGCUGCUACUACGGAACCCGCUGUAGUCUUGGCUGAAAAGUUGGCGUGGAGUGUUGGUAAACAGUGGUCGUCUAGAGUGUUUUAUACGGAUAGUGGUAAAGAUGCUAUUGAAGUGGGAUUGAAGAUGGCUAUACGCUAUUAUGAAUCUAUCAAUCGUGAAGAACGGUGGGCUCGUGAUGAUGUCUGGAAUGGGACAUGGGAAGUUAUCGGUAUCGUUGGUGGUGGUGUUAAUGAUUCGGCGGCUCCUAGUAUAUUGAAUCGUCGUGAUAACUGGUAUACCGGUCGUGGUCAUUGGUUUAAUGCUCCGUAUAUUGUAUACAAGGACGGCAAAUACCAUGUCCGUAUCCCUGCCGAAGUGUCUCUGAAGGUCGUACGACCAGACUCUUUAAUCUUUGAUUCUGUGGACGAUGUCUUCAAAAUCAGUCGUGAUAACAGUAUUUUGAUGGCCUUGUAUCUCCAACACAUUCAUCGAGAGCUAUCCCACCUUGCGGCCAGGGGCAGACGCUUUGGCGCCCUUUUGAUUCCAUCAGUACUAGUACAGAGCACAGAUUCUAGUAUGAAGGUCAUUGACCCGCUAUUCCAGCGUGCCCUGGCACGAGCAGUACGAUCUUCUGAUCGCAACCAUUUCAAUCGAGGAACAAGUCUGCCCGUAGUCAUGGACGAAACCUUUUCUGGCUUGUACAGAUUAGGAGUUCGUAGUGGAUGGGAAUGGAUUGAUGUGAAACCUGAUGUAUUGUGUUUGGGAAACACGUUGGGAUUUAUGGGUGCGGUUUUGGCUAGUCGGGAAGUGUUCAAGUCGUUUACUGGUGUUGCUGAGAUUGCGCUAUAUGUGGCUCAGAAUUAUGCUGGAAAUCCCGUAUCAUGUCAAAUGGCACUAGCCAACUUGGCCGAUCUAUCACGUAGUCCCAUGUGGGAUGAUCGAACUGAACGAUUCAAACAGUUUUGGGAUGCAGAGGACAUUGCUCGAUUGUCUAAACUGCCUAUUGUGGAAGGUGCUGUUGGUGUAGGGACUGUACUUGUCGUCCAUUUCAAUCCGGUUGAUGAUCAAAAUGUUUUGGCGUCUAUCGUCGCAGCCAGACUGAGAGAUGAACGUAUCAUUGCUGAUGUGGCACCGUUUGGUGUUUCCCUAAUUGUGAAUCCCAGCUCUAGUAAAGAUGUUGCCAAGAGCCUCGUUGUUGGGCUGUACAGAGCUCUUCAAAAGUGCAUAUAA